GGCGUGGAUGCCCGCGUCACUCACUCACGACACUCCUGCCUCCUUGAGAGACAAUCAACCUGGCAGGAGGGAACGGAGACGUUGCUCUUGUGCACAGGAAAGGCCGUGCUUGAGAUAGCAAGCCCCUGUUAAAAAAUUCUGCUUCUGGAGCAGAGAAGUGUCUUCAUGGCCGUUCGUAGAGGACACAUUCAGUACUUGGAUCAGGAGGCUUACGACAUGUCCAACGGUUACGACAUGCCCGGCGAAGAUGCCAAGGACGCCAAGACCAACUUGAUCGUCAACUACCUGCCGCAGGGUAUGUCCCAAGAUGACCUGCGCAACCUCUUCAGCAGCGUCGGCGAGGUGGAGUCGGCCAAGCUGAUCCGAGAUAAAGUUGGAGGCCACAGUUUAGGCUAUGGAUUUGUUAACUAUGUUAACCCUAGUGAUGCAGAAAGAGCUAUCGAAUCACUGAACGGACUAAGGCUACAUUCCAAAACUAUCAAGGUGUCAUACGCACGGCCCAGCUCUGAUACCAUCAAGGAUGCCAACCUGUACAUCAGCAGCCUGCCCAGGUCCAUGUUGCAGAAGGACGUGGAGGAAAUGUUCGCGCACUACGGCCGCAUUAUAAACUCACGCGUGCUCGUCGACCAGUCCACAGGCAUGUCGCGCGGCAAGGCGUUCAUCCGCUUUGACAAGCGCUCGGAGGCCGAGGAGGCGGUGAAAAACCUCAACGGCCAAAAGCCGCCCGGGGCCGCCGAGCCCAUUUCGGUGCGCUUCGCUGCCGACCCCAAUCAGGUGAAGAACACGCAGAUCAUCUCCCAGCUCUACCACAACCAGUCGAGACGCUUUGCCGGGCCCAUGCACCACCAGGCGCAGCGAUUCAGAUUCUCCCCGAUGGGCGUGGACCACAUGGGUAGCAUGGGCGGCGUGGGCGUCCCCGGCAACUCGGCCUCCGGCUGGUGCAUCUUCAUCUACAACCUCGGCCAGGAUGCCGACGAGAGCGUCCUGUGGCAGAUGUUCGGCCCCUUUGGCGCGGUCACCAACGUCAAGGUCAUCCGCGACUUCAACACCAACAAGUGCAAGGGCUUCGGCUUCGUCACCAUGACAAACUACGAGGAAGCGGCCAUGGCCAUCGCCAGCCUGAACGGUUACCGCCUGGGCGACAAGACCCUGCAGGUGUCCUUCAAGACCAGCAAGGGCCACAAGUAGAGGAAGGGGGAGGGGACAAUGGAGCAUAGAGAAGUGCGAUCCGCUCGGUUUAACGCAUUCACUCAACACCGCACCUUUGGUCUAAAAAGUGUCCUGGAACUUAUCCAUGUCGCUCGUGGUUGUUCUUUUCACAUUUCUGCUGGAGCAUGGGACUUAAGUAUUGAGGAUACAAUAAUUCGAAACCUGCUACUUUGAAACACACGGAAGCAGCAAUACAUCCAGACAGAAGUUACACAAAUACCUGUAGGCGUAUAUCCUUUCUGAUCUGUGAAAAACUGACACUUUAGGUGUAAAAUCCCGACAUGAAGUAAUUUCGCAUUCAUUUACAUUUGGAGCCAUGUUUUGCUCUGUGAUUUCUUUUCCCUUGUGGAGAAAUUGCCCACGGUUCUGGAUUAUUGUCACAUGUAGACAUGGAGGCCUUAAAUUAUAAUAAUCCAGUGGAUGUAAUGUGUGAGAGCAGAGCACUUUCCCUUGGCCCACUCUGUUACUCAAUUAAUCCAAUUUGAUGUGAACCAAGUUUGCCCGCCCGCCCGCCCGCCCUGCAGAUUGAAACCUGAGUGUUUUUUUAUUGUUAUUUGUAUGGAAAAAGUUGAGGUUGAGGAAGGAAUUGUGGUGGACCAAACGCAGGAAAGGAAUGAUUCAAUUUUUCACUUUCGCUUUCUAUUUAGCCCCCAUCCCCUCUCUCACGUUUGAAAGAGGUACUUAGAGAGUUUUAUCCGACUGAAGGCGGCAUUGUUACCCACCCCCCCUUUUUUUUUUCCUUUCUGUUGUUUAAUCUUAACUAAAGCAAUCUUUGUUGUUUUUCAUUUUUCCUUUUAGCAGAGGCAGGUUUGUUUAUUGGUUGUCAUUGUUUUAACAAGUUUUAAUAAGUGCUCAUCUGAGGUUUGGAGUGAAACAAAUGGUCUUUGUUCAUGAUGACACGUUUUGUUUCAGUUGUUUCCCUUUUCAACUCAAACCAUUAAAUUUUGUUUUUGUGAAACCUUUUUGUUUUUCUGUUUUCAUUUUUUUUCUUCCAAUUUGGCCCGAAUAAAAUCAUUUAAAAUAUCA